AUGUCUGACUUCCAGCUUUUGCAUCUGCCCUGCGACGCACACAAAGGUGCGACCUGCGUAAAAGCCUGUUUGGGGGCCGUCGAGUCCGAGGUGUCUGGACUCAUCAACAGCUCCUUGGCGCUGGGGGAAUUGGGGGUAUUGCAGCGCCUUCGCGAUCUGCUGACAGCGUUGCUGUUCAACAACCUCGAAAUCUACCAGACAGAGCCCCCUCAUGAUCAGAGCCUCACUGAUUACAGAAGAGCGGUUUACGAUCGUUUUAUGCCACUGCAGGGCGACAAAUGUAUCCUCAACCAGAAGCGUCGCAAGAUUUUGGAAACGAUGCUGAAUGGCGACUUGCGACAAGCAGAGUUGCAGCACUAUUGCCCGCUCGGGGCAAUGUGCUGUGCAAAUGAUACGCAGCAAACAAUGUCCAACAUGGCGCUGUACGUGAGCUGGGCACUUUUGCCUUGCCAGCAGGCGACCAUAUCCAGAAAAAACUGGAUCGGUCAGACAGAUGCCAUGAAUUGGACUGGAGUCCUUGAGUCGCACCACGGCCUCUACAGCAGGCUGCUCCUCAUGUAUUUUGGAACUCCGAAAGUCGUCAACCCUUCCCGAGGCCAAGCUGCCACAGAAGCCGCCCCUGUUUCGGACGAUGAGGAUGGUAUGCAAGACUGGAAGCAAGCCUUGAUGGACGAGCUGAGCAGCGCUCCCGCUCCGGCCGACCCACAGGUUGUUCCAGAAGUCCAUGCAGACGGAGCAGGUCCAGAAGCUGCUCCAGAGGUUGAUUUCGCUCAAGCUCAAGCUUCUCGAGACAAUGACGAUUUAUGGAAAGAAAUGAAGCAGAUGCGGCGGCAAUCGGCACAGGCUUAUGCUGCUUCCAGACCCUACAAUAAGCUGUACAUCAUGAGCGAGACACUUGGGCCCCUCCAUGUGUUCAUGUCACAGAUCUUGAAAAAGAGCGGUGGCCAGUGGGAGAGCAAGCAGGCUGCGAAACAAGCUCGUGGCGAGCCGCGCACAUUCCUGCUGUUGGAAGCAGCACGGCAGCAAGAGGUCCAGCAGGCAAUGACUGAUCUGUUGGAUAUUCUUCCAACCACCCCUCUUGGUGCUCAUCUGGAGACAUUUACGUGUGUUCAUCGUGCUUUGAGAUUCGCAAUGACGGCUUCGGGCAUGUGUUCCUUACAUGGCCUCAUUCGCUUUGCUCGGCAGAAUCUGCCGUACCAGGCGUUUCAUCUCGUGGCGGAAGAUGUCAGUGACGAAAAGCUUUCGGAAUGUGCACAGCGGCUGCUGGACACUCCUCGAUGCCUGUUCGAUGAGUUUUGGAAUGGUUUCUCCCGCCGCUACCCCAGCAAGUCGGCUCUGCUCAGUGCAGAAUGCAGAGGCCUGCUGCAAUGCAUCGCAGCGAUAGCUGCAGUCGACGUGUGCUCGAUUGAGUCGAGCCAUUCCUCCACACGGGAAUUCGCACAGCUGAGAAGCCGGGGAUGGACAUCCUCGCUGGAAGAGGUAGCGUCGCGUUGGGUCCUUUUGCAACGGAAGCGCCGCAACAAGGGCACCUCAUCUGCCGCCAAUCGGCAGAACAAGAAGAAGCCACAGCCCGAUUCUGCUGAAAAGAAACGGCGCACUGGAACAGUGUCAGCAUGGAACGCAUUUAUGCAUUUUCACGGCCGUGGUCUGCCUCCGGAUGCAGGUCGGCACUCUGCCAGGCUGAGUGCAAUUUUCCGGUCUUUGACAGAUGAGGAGAGGCAGAAGUAUGUGGCUGCAGCAGAGGGGGGAUCGGCUGCAGUGCGCAUGGGCUUCCCUGCUUUUGCAACUGCGAAAACGAGCAAGGAGAAACGUCAAGAGAAGCGGCAUAAGUCCUCGCAGCGAGGUGUGUCUGCCGGGCAUAGCCUUGCAGCUCCUAUGUUGCUUCCUGGGCAGCAGGUGCCAGGACCUGCUGGAGGUGCUAUUGUGGCAGUGCCUCCGGCCCACCUGGAUGUCGUGGGUGGUCAAGUCACGCAGCAUCUCCGACAGACUUUUCCAGAUCUUUAUCAGGAGUUCCUUGCAGGUCUGAAGAAGCCAGAAGAUGAAUUGGACUUGAACGAACAGGAACUUGAUUCUCUUUGUAAAUUCAGGGCCACAGUGGAUUUCCUUGAUGUGCCAGUGGCGAAGACAUGGGAACGAGAUGGUCAUUCCCAGCUGCGACAGAAUUUGUCGGCCCAUCCUGUGUCCAGUUUGGUGCGUGGUCUUGUGUGGAAUCCGCCCACAGAGAAGGCCGUCGAGGCAGGUGGGCUGUGUCCGGUGUGUCUGGGCUUGGACGGCUUGGUCGGUUUCAGUUGCACAUGA